GCGUCUGUCUGGUUGAAACCCUAGUAGGACACCAGGCGAGCGGCGGCGGCGGCGGCGUGGUUAGCCAUGUCUUCUCUUCUCAGCCCACCAAAGCCAGAAAUCGAGUUCAAAGAGGCGGAGGGGAAGGAGGAAAGAAGAUGGAAAGCGAGUCCGGUAUGGGGACGGAGGGGGAAUCCGGCAAGGAGCAGGAUUUGCUGUUGGAUCUGGGGAGGAAACUCGGGAAGAUGGAAAUCGAGUUAGGGAAGUGGACGGAGCAGGCUUCCGGCAAGGAGCAGGAGACGGUGCGGGAUCUGAAGAAGAGGCACAGGAAACUCAGUAAGAAUCGUAGGUACCUCUUGCAAGAUAUCGUCUCAGGGAAGUUUAAGGAAUUGUAUUCCGAUUCCGGCCGCAACAGGGUAAUGGGGAUUUUCAGGGAAGCCGAGGAGCUGGACAAGGAGUUGAUGAUUAUUAAGGAGAAGGAGAAGGAGAAGGAGAAGCAGGAGACGGUGGUGGAUUCCGGCGAGGAGGAGAUGGGCAGGGAUUCGGCGCAGCACCAGUCCCUGAUGGAGGAGAUCAUAUCCGUGGAGAGGGAGCGCAAAGACCUGCUUGGCUCACUUACUCCUACCUUUUCUCUCUGGAAAGAGAUUGAUUCUCAAACAACCUGGACGAUCGCCACAACGGAGUCUGCUACUUUUUCUAGGGACAACAAUGAGAAUCCACUUGCAGACUACUUCAACCUGAUCCUCCAAGGUAUGGAGGACCUGGGUCAUCGGAUGCUUUCUACAUUAUAUUUUCUCAACAAAUCCGAUGACUCCGUCUGCUCCUACAAGGCCACCGAAUUGUGCAAUGCAGCAACCAAACUGAAUAUGCACAUCAAGGGAUUCAGCAUGAAGCCGGAGCCAGAGCCAGAGCCAGAGCCAGAGCCAGAGGAGCAGCCGGGGCAGAUCGAUUUGUCGAGUCUUUUCAGAAAAUAUUGUCGAUUUCCUGAUAAUUACAACAACACCUUGGCCCGGUUAGAUAUGGAGGAGCAUGAGGAGAACAAAUGUGAGGAUGUUCAUGUGAAGAAGACCAAGGAAGAGGAGGACAAGGAGAAGGACGUAUCCUCAAAGGAGUAUCUCAAGAAAAGGAUGGACAUCGAGCAACAAUUUUUAGCCAAUCAUCGAAAAUCCUGGGAAAAUGUGUGGGGCAGCAGGAUUGGACGGUGCGGUGGAUUUAUGGAUACAACCAUAUUGAGCCCUAUGCAAUUUACACAUCACACACCUGGUAGCAUCUUUUCCCCUGCUGCCAUCACCGGUAGUACCUUGCAAAUCUAUUCAAUCAAGAUACAGAGUAUAAAAGGCUUGAACUGGCCACUCAGAGUGUAUGGCGAGGUUGCUGCUCGAGACACUGUGGACCGCAACCGCAACAUUCUAUUUUCUCGGUCAAGGUUUGACUACCAAGAACUCAAUGGAUGUACAUGUUACCGAAGGGGAUUGGCCUUUUAAGCAUGGAUGCCGAGUUGUGUGUUAUUGGUCUCCUGCUGUGGCUGCUGCGCCGACAGAUGUCAUUGGUAAGACUUGCAGGCGAGUUGUGCUUCUUGAUCACCGUGGUAAAGGAAUGCACAGAAGACCAGACAAGCACCUUCAUCUCUCAAGGAGAGUCGUUUCAGUGGAAUCACAUGGAACGCUGAGAGUGUCCAUAGAAGCAUAUGGAAAAUCUCGUCGUUAUAUUGCUCGAGAAGGUCACAUCAACUUCCCUGUUCAGCAGUGCCAAACAAGAACGAUUGAGUGUCAAGUUGGCGACUCCAAGGUGGAGGUUGCUGUAGGGUGGUCGUUGCUUGUGAAGGAAAAAGCGUGCCUCUCGCUCGGUUGAUUGCCUGACACCCAGGCAUGCAUAUACUGCUACUAGUACUAAGGUGGACCGACUUGUGUGGUAUCGCCAGAUCACAUAACUACUACCUCCGUCCCAAAAUUCUUGUCCGUAUCUGGCAAAUCUAAGACAAGAAUUUUGGGACCGAGGGAAUAUCUAUCUUGUGCUGGCCACAGUUUGUAUGAUGUGAAUCAUUCGGAUUUGUUCAAAAUCUGAGCACUUUCA